AUGUACCUGGCCCGCCCCCUGCUCAGCAGUGCAGGUGACCUGUACCUGGCGGCUCUGACUGGCAUGAGUUACUGUUCGAUGUGCCCUCAAGACAGAAUUAUUCAGCAAGGUUUAUCGUGCCCAACAGUCACCGCUCAGGAAUACGGAUACUCCCAAGCAGCAUCCAUCGACUCAUCCUGCAACUGUAAUCCGCUCCCCACCAAAGCCGGCGGUGCCUUGUCCUCCACUGUCAGGGUUCCCACGAGACGAGCUGCCCGUGGUCGGCCGCAAACUGGCAAAGCGGAGAAUUGUGUUGGCGCCGAACCGAGACCAGAGCUCCGCGCCCAGCGAAACUCAACACCCACGGCCAUCCAGUGCCAGGCUCGGUUUGCAGCCAGCUGGAGAACCCUAGAGAAUUAG